AUCAUAAUGGUGAACAAUAUGGAUCACGGUUUGCCCAAGUUUUCUCUUCUAGGUUAUGAUGAUUGGAAGAUCAUGAUGGAAGCACACCUUUACGCCCUACAUGAUUGCAUGUGGAUGGUGCUUGAGGAUGGACCCUUGAAAAUCCUAAUGGAGAACCUUGAGAGGAAUGCAGCCAAUCCUGAUGUUGUCCAAGGAAAAGUGGGAUGAUAGAAAUUGCAAAAAGCACAAUCUGGACAACGUCGCCAAAGCAGCCAUCUUCAAGACACUUGAUCCCAUCACCUUCUCCAAGAUCAAGCAUCUCAAGACUGCCAUGGAGAUUUGGCAAGGUCUUGGGAAGCUAUGUGAGGGAUCAGAGCACCUGAGAAAGCAGAAGAUAGAAGUCCUGCUUGAGAAGUUCAAAAGCUUCAAAAUGCUUCCCGGAGAAUCAUUUGAUAUGUUGGAUGAAAGAUUCCACAAAAUAUUGAAUGAUCUUGCAUCACUUAACCACGUUCUUUCUCCCAAAGAAAAGAAUGUAAGGUUGCUGAGAUCACUUCCAACUGAGUGGUACACCAAAGCCACAGCCAUGGAAGAAGGAAGAAACCUGGAGAACUACACUGUCCAAGGUCUCCUUGAUGACCUCAGAACCUAUGAGCAUGAGCUGAUGAAGAAGAAGGAAGAACAAGUCACUCCCUUCCCCACGGCAUUGAUGACAACUCCCAGAGUCCCACCGAGUGAAGGGACAUGCCCAAGGAACUGUGACACACCUUGCUCUAGCCAGCCAUCAAGCUCAAGAAUGGAGAACUAUGAUGAGGAAUUUGCCAUGAUGGUCAAACAAUUCCGGAAGUUCAAGAAGUUCUUCAAGAAAGCUGACUCAGUCAGAAGGCCAUCCAAGGGAAAGCCACAGGUAAGUGACUCCCCUCCUGAAUCCUAUUUAUGUUAUAACUGCAGGAAACCUGGUCAUUGGAAGUCAGCGUGCCCGUACCCAAAGGUGGAGAAGUACGGAGAAAGAGAAAGGAACGAAAAGAAGAAGAAAGCAAUGGUUGCAGCUGAAAGUGACGAGUCAUCCAGCUCAAGCUCGGAUGAAGAAGCCCUCGUCUGCAUGGAGCGCAGAGCUGAGAAGUCCAACCAUGAGGAUCGGUGGACUAUGUCAGAAGAUGACACCCUCUGCCUCAUGGCCAAAGAUGAUGCCGAACAAGAGGUAACCUCACAAACCUCCUGCGCAUCUUCUUAUGAAAGCAUACCAACUUCUGAAAGUCUUUUUGACAAGUUCAAAAAGAUGAUGAAAGAUUUUGAGGAAAUAAAUCUCAAACACUCAUCCUUAACAGAAGAGAACAAGCUAGAUGAGAUCACUCAACUCAAGACUGAAAAUAAAUCUCUCUCUGAAAAGGUGAAAUCCCUCAACAAGGAGCUUGGGAUACUUAAGUCCAAAGAAGCAGUGGAUAAGCUUCUUGAAACGGCUAAACAAAAGGGUCGUGAUGGACUUGGGUUUGACCCCUCCAGUUCCAAAAGGAAAGGGAGAACAACUUUCAUCCCUCCUAAACCUACUGCCAAAUCCUAUAAGCAGAAAGGAAAGGAGAAGGAGAAACUAACAGAAGUUCCCAAAAAGGAAGCCGCUAAGUACCCGGGUGUCUGGUACUUAGACAGUGGCUGUUCAAGACACAUGACGGAAAGUGACGAGAAGAAAAAGAAGGCAAUGGUUGCUGCUGAAAGUGAUGAGUCAUCCAGCUCAAGCUCGGAUGAAGAAGCCCUCGUUUGCAUGGAACGCAGAGUUGAAAAGUCAAACCAUGAGGAUAGGUGGACUAUGUCAGAAGAUGACACUCUCUGCCUAAUGGCCAAAGAUGAUGCUGAUCAAGAGGUAACUUCACAAACCUCCUGCUCAUCUUCUUAUGAAAGCAUACCAACUUCUGAAAAUCUUUUUGACCAGUUCAAAAAGAUGAUGGUAGAUUUUGAGGAAAUAAAUCUCAAACAUUCUUCCUUAACAGAGGAGAACAAACUAUUGAGUGAAGAGAAUCUCAAAUUGACUGAAGGUCGGAAAAGUCAACUGGAUGAGAUCACUCAACUCAAGACUGAAAAUGAAUCUCUCUCUGAAAAGGUGAAAUCCCUUAACAAAGAACUAGGAACACUUAAGUCCAAAGAAGCAGAGGAUAAGCUUCUUGAGACGACCAAACAUAAGGGUCGUGAAGGACUUGGCAUAAGUCAGUUUUGUGAUAAAGGUUACUCCUUGGAAUUCUGCAAGGACAUGGCAUCUCUCAAGAACAUCUCCACAAAUGAAGUCAUUCUCACUGGGAAGAGAAUCAGAAACAUCUAUGAAGUGAUGUGGGAUAAUGUCAAGGAAGCAUGUCUAAUCAGCAAAGGUGACACUAACCUUCUAUGGCUUUGGCAUAAGAGGAUGGGUCAUCUCAACUUCAAAACUCUCAACAAGCUAUCCAAAGAAGGGUUAGUAGAAGGUCUUCCCAAAGCUGUAUCCAGGAAGGAAAGCAUUUGUGAUGCUUUCCAGAAAGAAAAGCAAGUCAAGUCCACUUUCAAGGCAAAACCGGCACCCUCAACUACAAGGAUAUUAAGUCUUGUUCAUAUGGACUUAUUUGGCCCUAUUACUCCAAUAAGUCUAAGUGGAAAGAAAUAUGUCCUAGUGGUAGUUGAUGAUUACUCAAGAUACACGUGGACAAUCUUUCUCAACAGCAAGAAGGAAACUCAAGGAAAGCUCACAAACUACAUUAGGCUGAUUCAAAACCAAGCAAACAAGGAUGAAGAAAUCAAUGAAGGAGAUAGAAUGAAGCCUACGGAGUUCAUUCCAUUCGGAAGUCUACCACUGAAGACUUCUCAGAGAAAUCCGGAUUCAGACAGUGCUGAGCCUACCGGAAAUCAUGGCCAGCCAUCCAAUAUUCCGGAUCAGUCAAAUGACGACAAUUCUGGAAAUGGUGACCCAGUGCCAAUCCAUCCGGAAUCACCAACUAACUCUGUUCUUCAACCAGAAACUGAACUAGAUCAACCUGUCAUCCCUAAUCAACACAAUCUUCGUUGGUUAAGGGAUCAUCCUCCUCAACAAGUCAUUGGAGAUAUUCAAUCUGGUGUUCGCACAAGGAGUGCCCAACAGAAUCUAGAAGCUAUGCUUGCUUAUCUUCUCACUCAAAUUUCUGAGAAAAUGAAGAUUCUUGGCGCUAAUGUUCAUUUCCAGAAGUUGGAAGCCAAGUGCUCUUCACCAACGUUCUAUCAAUCCUAUCUGGAGAUGAUUGCUGCUCAAGAGCUCUCCAAAUUCCUUCAUAUGGAGAUUCGAUUCAAGUAUGAGAAUGAGGUUCUUGAAUUCUACAAGAAUGGAAAGGUCAAGACUGUUAAAUCAAAGAAGGACCCACAGAGGACGAUUCAAAUCAUCAAGUCCACUGUUUUGGAAGAAAAGCUUCACCUUCCCAAUUCUGGAGUUGAAAUUGGGAGACUUCCAGCCAAUAAUCUGGAUUGGAAUAUUAUUGGAAUUUCUAGGCAAGUUCCUUCUGGACCAGCGAAGAAAGCAGACCUGAACAACGACUACAAACUUGUUCUUGAACUGGUCAUUGCCUGCCUCAAGUGUGGAAGUGGAGGACAUGCUGAUGACAUCACCCAAGAGAGGGCCUUCAUCAUCAAUGCCCUCAUUACCAAGUCUAAGGUAAAUUGGGCUGCACAUUUCUUCAAUUCCAUCUCAAAGCAUCUGGGAAAACCCAACCAGAAAUACCUUUGUCAAGGUCUGUACAUUGGACAUAUUUUGGAGUCUAUGGGUGCUGCUUUUGAAGGAAAGAAGUAUGAACCCAGAUAUUGGCUAUACUACCUGUCUUCAAAAGGGGAAAACAGAGUUGGUGCUAGCACAACUACAGAGGAUGAAGCUUCUUCAGACAAUGUGCCAAUCAUAAAUCUGAAGAAAACAGCCAAGAGGAAACAUGUGGUGUCUCCCUCUCAGAGUGUUGAAGCACCACAGAACCUUGCUCUGGUCAAUCUGGAAGAAGAAGAAGAAGUUACUGCACAAGGAGAACUUCAAAGGAAGAAUAAGAAGAAAAUCACCUCUCCCUCAACUUCUGGAAAUGUCAAUCCGGAUGAGUUGAAGGAGAAGGAACUGGUUGAGGAUAACCCUGCCCACAACCAGAGCCCUCAACAACAGGAAGAAGAAGUUCAUCAAGUCCAUAGUCUUCCAACCCCCUCACCUCAAUCUCAAACAGAUGAUGCUGAUAACCAAUUCUGGCAGCUCUACUAUGACUGGAGAGCUUGGAAGGUUGGAAAUUCAGCAGAGUAUUUGUUGGGAUGGGACCAACAAUUGAAGAAUGAAAAGAUCAUUAAGAAGUGCUUGGGGCUGCUAGUCAACCACAGCUCUAUCCAAGAGAAUGCAGCCCCUACUCCACAAGAACAGAACCAGGAAGCAUCAGAAGAAGAACUUCAGCAACAUCUCCAAUCUCAAGUUCUUGAGAUUCUCACAACUCCUUGUGAGAUCUCCAACCAGCCUGAACUUGAGAUCCCAGAGAAGUCAGGAGAAAUUCUGGAGCAGUCAACUCCACCAGAAACAAAUGAAGUCCAAGAGGAGCAAGCUGUAGAAAUCCAAAGGAAUUCUACAGAAGCUGAAAAGGAAGUUCAAAUGGCAGAACUGGAGGCCCCUGAAACUCCAGUAGCCGUUUUUGAAGAGCAGAAUGAAGGUGAAGAAAGAGACUCCCUCUCUAGGGAUAUAUCAAAUUUUAUACUUGAUGAAGCAGAGGAAGAAUCUGAAAGGACGCUGAAGAUUGCUGAUAAAGAAGCUGAGCAAGAGGAUGCUGAAUCUCUUCCUAUGCAACUUUUCCAAAGAACACCAUUUUCUCAUCAAGUAACCAACUUCCAUUUCCAUAGCUCUUACAUUCCUACACUUCCGGAUGAGGUACCGGAAAUCUGGACAAAUAAGGUCCAAGGGUUGAUUGAAUCAGCCCUAGCAUCUCAACAUGCCUCCUUUAGGCAAGAGAUAGAGCAGAUGGAAGCCAGGUACAACAAGCUGAUUGAGAAAUCUGAAGAGAAACACAGCUCAGAUCUCAAGGAGAUAAGCAAGUCAGUGCACAAGACUCUAGAGAUCAUCUCUCUAUUGAGUAACUCUGUAAGAGACACAAUGGAAACAUAUGCAUCUGACAAUUAUCUUCAACUCAAAGAAGUCAAUAAAAUCAGAGAGCAAAUAGCAAAUGUCACAGUUAGUCUACAGAAGCAGAUGUCCCUUCUCCAAAUGGACAUCAAAGCAGCCCUAACAGUGUCUUCAGCAAAUCAGGUAGUAACCAAAGACUACUUGAAGGUUAUUAUUGACAAUCAGAAGGAAGCACACAGACUGUUCAGUCACUUUAGCACAAGCUCUGACAACCGCAAGAUGGAAGUGAUUCUUCAACAACACAGUCCAUCCUUGAUUCCAAAGCUUCCUAUUGCAGUCAAGGAAGGAGAAGUUUCUUAUAUUCCUUCGCAUCCGAACAUGACUGAACUGAUCCUUGAAGCUCAGAGAAACAAUCCGGAGAACUCGGCACAGCAUCUAGUUCUUGAGUCUAGGCUUGAAGGGAACACCUCUAUUUUUGUUCCAGUUGAUAGAGGAGGUUCGAAAUGCUUCUUUAAUGCUGUUGAUGUCUUCAUUGGUAAGACAAAGAACCCAUAUAUUCAAAAAACUCUCCCUGCUACUCAGUUGUUUACAAUGGUACAUGAGGCUCAUGCACCUAGCUCCUCUAACAGACAUGGUAGCUCUGGUGGUAUGACUCUUGGAGGGCCUCCAACAGAUGGAUUUGUGGCGAACAAAACCUCCGAUGGAACUCAUCCUCCUAAGGUUCCACUUCCAGAGUUCUCGCCCAUAGAUAAAGCUCCUGCUGUUAUAUUGGGAGGAGGAAAUGAAAUAUCAACGGAUUCGCAACCCACACUGGAGAUUGGAAAGGUUGAUGAUGGGACAGAAGCUCUGCAACCUGGAGUCUCGGGUGCAAGAAACCAACUUCAGCCUGGCACGCCUGGUGAGUUGGAACCAAAAGAUGAGUCUAUUAAGCCAUGUCUCCUAAACCGUGAAGAGCAACUUAUUAUCGACGGUCUAUUUAAGCACGCUCCGGAAAUGCAAGUUUCAAGUUUGGAUAUUCCUAUUCAAUCUGAGCUUAAGCUAAUGAUGAUCGAUGCAAAUGUGGAGGAAUCAGCAAGAGGAGAUCUCCAAAAAGAGUUUGAGAUUCUUAAGCCGAUUUUUGAGCAACAUAUUAGUGAUGACUUUGAGCAAUCUCUUUGGAUAAUUAAGGAAGCGUUGCGCUCGCCUUUCGUCAUAGAAAAGAUUCAGAAGGGUCUAGUGAAAACACUCCAGGCCGAUUAUAUUACCCAGAAAACUGCACUUCCGGCUUCUGUAAUUGUUGGGGUGUUCACAUCAAACUUGGUGAAAGAAUAUAUGAAACGCACUACAUUGUCCACAACCACUGCUACAAAGGUGUUCUUAGAUGUUGCUAUUGACGAAGUUGCUGCACUAAAAAAUAAGUAUAGUGAGGAGAAGACGCUCAAACCACUCUUGGUUGAAAGGGCUGUUGUAGAUCGGGACACAGUCCUUGCUGGGUUGAAGACCAUUGCAGAGAUUUUGGCUAUUGCAUCAACCGACUUAAAAAAUGGGAUAGUCAAGCCAAGUGGCUCAAAGUUUUGGUGCAAAAAAGAUUCCAAGUUAGUUGAUGAUGCGGUCCCAAGGUAUCGACUUGAAGCCAUAGUUAAGGAUGAGACUGAGGUUACUAAGUUCAUUAUAUUUGAUGAUGAAGCUGAAAAGCUUAUAGGGCAAUCUGCUAUUAGCCUGUAUGAUAUGGAAGAAAAACUUGAGGAUGAGGAAACACAAGGGCAGUUGCCUGCAUUGAUUACGAAUCUGAUUGGACAGAGGUUUGUGUUUCAUGUGAAACUCACUGAAUACAACAAAACAGCAUACACACACAGUUUCGGAGCAAAUAAAGUACACAAGGAGUCUAUAAUUGGUCCAAUGAAAAAUAAAGAGACACCUCAUGAAGCUUCUGCCAGUGCCACCCCAAGUUCACCUGCCAUAGAGAACACUCCAAAUAAGAAAAUGUGUUUAAGCAGUCACCAGUCUGGCCCCAAUCUCACAAAGUACCUUCAUGGCCGAACCUCUCCCAAGACGAAUACUGCCAUAACAGCCAACUUGACACCGACCAGAUACAGGAGGGGAAUUAACAUAUACGGCUUUGUCAAAUCCAACAGAGCUAUGCCAGCAUUGUCAUGCCAUAAUGUGGAAAGAAGAAUGGAAUAACUCCAGAUAUCAAAAUAGGCCACCCACCUUUUCAUUAUGCUGCAUGGAGGGACGAAUCAAACUCGAAGCAUUAAAGCCUGCACCAAAAUAUCUGGGAAACCUCUUAAGCUAUAGUGGUGGUAAACUAGCCAAGUUAUUCAGAGACAAUAUCCGUGCUUAUAACUCAAUCUUUGCAUUCACAUCAAUUGGUGCCGAUAUUGAUUACGAAAUCAACAAAAGCAAAGGACCAUAUGUGUUUCGUAUUAGUGGACAAAAUUACCAUCAAAUAGGAUCAUUAAUGCCUCAAAGUAAGAAACCCCAUAAAUUCCUCCAAUUGUA